AUGGCUAGGACAGCCGAGGGCCGCAAGAAGUUCAUUGACGGUCUCAUGACGUUCAUGGAUACCUACGGCUUUGAUGGUGCCGAUAUGGAUUGGGAGUAUCCGACUGCUGAGGAUCGUGGAGGCCGACCAGAUGACACCACCAAUUUUGUCCAGCUGUCCGCAGACAUCAAGCAAGCGUUUGCAGGAAGCUACGGAUACACCAUUACACUCCCUGCAUCUUACUGGUAUCUACAGCACUUUGAUCUUGCCAAGCAUCAGGAGUCUGUUGACUGGUUCAACAUAAUGUCCUACGACUUACACGCGUUUGGGAUGAUUGACCUCGGCCUUGACCUUCUUUGGCGCGCUGGCGUGAAGCCGGAAAAGGUAGUCCUUGGCCAAGGGUAUUACGGUCGCUCAUUUACUUUGACCGACCCAUCAUGCAAUACGCCAAACGGAAUCUGUACCUUUUCAGGUGGUGCUGAUGAAGGCUCUUGUUCCGGAGCAUCCGGUGUCCUCACUCUGCAAGAGAUCAAGGACAUUGUGAAGAAGGAAGCCAUCAAGCCCACAUAUGACAAGAAUGCUGGUGUGAAGUGGUUUACAUGGGACUCUAAUCAGUGGGUGUCGUAUGAUGACGAGGAAACACUACCCCACAAGAGAGACUUGGCCAACGAUAGAUGUCUUGGAGGGCUCAUGGUUUGGGCGAUUGAUCAGGUUGAUCAAAAAGCUAAAAGUCUGAACUAUCCCAACGAAAUGAGUGAAGAAGAGAUCCAGGAUGCAGAAACCAUCUACCAAGGUGAGGCCGCCCAAGGUGUCUGCUACACCACGAAAUGCGACGAGAAAUGUGACACUGGUGACCACGAAGCGUCUCAAAUGAGUGGACAACCGGGUCAACUCUCCAACAUGGAUCGUUGUGACGAGGGUAAAUUCCGUCGGCUCUGCUGUCUUAAGGGAUCUACUAUGGGCACUUGUCGAUGGAGAGGAUACCGAGGCCUUGGCCUGUCCUGCACUGGUGGCUGUGGAGAGGACGAGACAGAGAUCACGCAAAAUACUAACCAUCACUCCGACAAAGAAGAUCAGACAUGCUCUGGUGGUACACAAAGCUACUGCUGCAAGGACUUCAAGCCGCCAAUCACAAAAGAACAGGUCAAGGACAAGAUUGAGGACAAAGCAAAAGAUGCUGCGAUUGCUAUUGCUGAAGCCGCGGCGCUUGAGCUCGCAGCUACUGCCUUCUGCCGCAUUGCCAUUACCGCCCUGCUGACGCCUCUCUCAUUUAUUCCCGUCAUUGGAUGGAUCAUUCGCCUCGCGGUCCAAGCCGCUGUUCCGGCACUAGCAAAGCUCUGCGCAAAAGGCAUUGCCAAGGGCGGUAAAUCCGUCUUUAAAUUCCGCGGCAAGGACUGA